UCGAACAUCGAACGACGGCCAUAUCUUUCUCUAGUGACGAACAGGUGUACGAUCCGUGGUCAACGCUGCAUACGCACAGUUUUGUUGAUCGAGAGCUCUUUGCAUAGGAAAAAAAAAGAUGGCCCGGAUCGUCGCCGUAAAGGAAUAUCUCGAGAAGGCGUUGAAGGACGAGAACAAGCCAUGGGUAAAAAUGUUCGCCUUCGCGGAACAGAAGAUCGGCGUCGAUCGACUUUACAUCUUUGUCGGCUCAUUGGUACUGCUGGCCUUAUACCUGGUAUUUGGAUUAGGACAACAGCUAGUAUGUAAUAUAGUUGGUUUCGUUUAUCCUGCAUACGAAUCUAUGAAGGCGUUGGAAAGCUCCAAGAAAGAGGAUGACACAAAGUGGCUCACUUAUUGGGUCGUUUUCGCUAUAUUUACUAUAGUAGAGUUCUUUUCUGAAUAUAUCGUCUGUUGGUUCCCUGUCUAUUGGCUAUUCAAGUGUAUAUUUUACGUAUGGUUGAUGGCACCAACCGAGUAUAAUGGUUCCUUGAUUCUGUAUCGACGUAUCAUCCGUCCAAAGUUCAUCCAGUAUCAGCCUGGAUUAGACAGACUUUUGUCCAAUGCACGUGACACAGCAGUCAAAACUGCAGCGGAAGCAUUGCUGACCAAUAAGCAAGAUUAACGGAGCUGCAAAUCAAAUAAAUAGAAAGCCCAUUUGUGUCUUUCCCUUUUUACUCAUUCCUAGCAGAGACGGUAUGAAUUUUGUGCUUCGCUGAAUAUUAUUGGGCGUUCUACAUUAUAAGAAAUGCAAAGUGAGACAAGAAAAAUGUCGAACAUAAAUUUCGUGUACUCAAAUACAACAAGCCAUUGUUCAAAUGAUCAGGGAUAAACUUUUGUCCGAAAUCGCGAAUAGCAAAUAUCAAGCAUAGAAGAAUGAAACCUAACCUCACUCUGUAAAAUAAAUCAUUAAUUUAAAAGUAAAUCAUUAACAAAGUAGUAAAUGAUUUACUUUUCAGAGGGAGAUUUUUUUUUUUUUGUUCUUUUGUGGCUUUAUAUUCGCCAGUUAUUCGUAAAGAUAAUCUGGUUUUAGAAUUAUAAAGUAAUGUGAUUCAGGAAAGUUUCAGCAUAGUAUGGAAAUUGGCGUUUUGUUUUGCUUGAGACAUCGUCUAUAUAGCGGUUCACCGAGUGAAAUUGAAAAUAAAAUUUGGAGUGUUCUUGUAUAGUAGGAUAGGAUAUCGCGUGUGUUUUUGCCAUUUACGUAAUGAUUGAUAAUAUACAUAUGUAAGUGUACUUUAUUCUUAGAAUGUUUCACCAACGAUUUUAAAUCCAAUUAUCUGAUGAUUUAACUGAUUCUUCCUCUUUUUGUAGAUUAAUAUCGUGCGUGCGCGCGUUUGUUACCACGCUAAAUUUUCAGAUUCUCGCUAUAUACAUCAAGCUACUUUAAAAUAAUAAAUCAAUUUUUAUGUAAUAUUUAUAAAAACUAUUUUUGAAGUAUAUUUAUCGAGUAUAUUUAUCUUCGAAAUAUAUACUCAAAAUCUUAAGUCAUGCAUGUUACUUACGUGUUUUUAGAUUAUGCGAUAAGAUAGACUUUAUUUAUCAUAAUGAAAUAUAGAAUAUAAAAUUUUCGCUGUCUUGCAUCUGUCGCGAGAAUCGAGCGCAUCAUAUAUAUGAGACACUGGUAACGAAUGUUUAGCACCACUUUAUGUAUUAUAUUAAUGUUAAUCAUUACGUGUGCCAGUAAUUGCUUGGUUCACUAUUUUAAAAUAUUUGUAAUAUCAUUAGAUAAAAUGCGAUGUUGGUGAAAUCAGUUUUUAGUAGAUAAGUUUCUACGCACAAUUGAUAAAGAGCGGAUGUUUGAUUAUUAAAAGAUGGUAGAGAUUUAAAGUAUUAAAUUGGAAAUGGUACAUAAUGGUUCGGGGAAGUGAUGCAUAAAAAUUCACAAUAAAAAUUUAAUAAAAAGAUUUAUAUUAAACUUUAAAAAAAAAAUGUUGCCAUUUAAUUAUUAUAGUUGUUUAUCGCGGAAAGAGGUGAAACUUUUGCUGAAUUGAGUCAGAGAUCCAAACCUUUUAGUUCAAGAGUCGUCAAUGAAAGUGAAAGCACAACUAGCUUAAAUUUGUGUAUCAAACAAGUAAGUGAGUAAAGUUACAUCGUACUGGCAUCCGAUUGUCUUCUAUAUCUCUCUUCUUAAUUAUAUAAUAAUAAUAUACUACGUAUACAUUUUGGAACUUCGAGUUUGAAGUACAGAGACAAGGUUACGGUAUAUGCAUUGCUCAAAUAUAAGCCGUUAUCUUGAAUUAUUUAAUAGUUAAUGAUUAUGUAUAUCUGGCAAGAUCGGUGUUCCUUAAUUAUGAAUCGAGUGUCUAUAUCCUGCGAGAAACAGGAACAAAUUUUCUAUAUCUUUCUUCAAUUACUCUUCAUACAAUGUUACCAGUUGUUGCCACAAGAAGAAUAUUAGGAGCUUUAAGCAAAAUUGUAAAUUUAGAAAUAUUGACGGAAUUGUGCAUAAAUUGUCGCAUUGACAUGCAUCAAUAAAUAUCUUUUUAUUUUA